AUGACCUGUGCCGAGUUACUUAGAUGUUUCUGUGUCUCAUUUUACUCUUCAGGAAAAUACGGCUAAUAACAUAUACUUGACAGGGUACUUGGGGAGGUUCCAACAGAGGUGCACGUAGUGAGACCAGCCUGAGGUUUGGCCCAGGGGAGUCUCUUCAAGCUCUCAAAGCUGCUUCCUCUUACUAGGAGUUCCCAGCCCUCCUGGGGGAGCAGGGGAAGGAGCAAAGUUUCCAGUUGCAGUCUGGCCCCAAGCCCAGCCGGCCUGGCCCCGCCUCCUUGGUUCCUCCUUCUAGGGAAGGGCUGGGGAGGAGGGGGUGGUGACACAGUGGAGGCACCGCCCUGGCCAGGGGGCCUGCCCUCGGGACAGGUCCAGACCCAUGGAGCCCCCCGGGAGGAGUAGCAGGUCCACAGCGUCUCAUACUCUACACCAGUAUUGCUGUCCUACUCAGGUCCUUGACUCCAUGAAGCUUACCCCCUCAGGCAGGCUGGCAGAGAGCAGUGUGGAGGGUGAUGCCCCAGGCAGUGACCUGAGCACAGCGGUUGAUAGUCCUGGGAGCCAACCCCCCUACCGGCUGAGCCAGCUUCCCCCCACCAGCAGCCACAUGGGGGGCCCCCCUGCUGGGGUGGGCCUUCCCUGGGCUCAGCGGGCGCGCCUCCAGCCAGCCAGCGUUGCCCUGAGGAAGCAGGAGGAGGAGGAGAUAAAGCGUUCAAAGGCCCUGUCGGACAGCUAUGAACUCUCCACAGACCUGCAGGACAAGAAGGUGGAAAUGCUGGAGAGGAAGUAUGGGGGCUCCUUCCUGAGCCGCAGGGCCGCCAGGACCAUCCAGACGGCCUUCCGCCAGUACCGCAUGAACAAGAACUUUGAGCGGCUCCGCAGCUCAGCUUCAGAGAGUCGCAUGUCCCGCCGCAUCAUCCUUUCCAACAUGCGAAUGCAGUUCUCCUUUGAGGAGUAUGAGAAGGCACAGAACCCUGCGUACUUCGAGGGCAAGCCUGCCUCGCUGGACGAGGGUGCCAUGGCUGGGGCCCGGAGCCACCGGCUUGAACGGGGGCUCCCAUAUGGCGGCUCCUGCGGAGGGGGCAUCGAUGGUGGGGGAAGCUCCGUCACCACAUCUGGAGAGUUUUCUAACGACAUCACGGAGCUUGAGGACUCCUUCUCCAAACAGGUAAAGUCUCUGGCUGAAUCCAUUGACGAGGCCUUGAACUGCCACCCAUCGGGGCCCAUGUCUGAGGAACCAGGGUCAGCCCAGCUGGAGAAGCGAGAGUCAAAGGAACAGCAAGAGGACAGCUCGGCCACAUCCUUCAGUGACCUUCCCCUCUACUUGGAUGACCCAGUUCCCCCACCAUCCCCUGAACGACUGCCUAGCACAGAGCCCCCUGCCCAGGGCAGACCUGAGUUCUGGGCACCAGCCCCUCUCCCUCCAGUUCCUCCACCAGUGCCAGCAGGGUCCCGGGAAGAUGGUAGCCGUGAGGAAGGCACUCGCAGGGGUCCUGGGUGCUUGGAAUGUCGGGAUUUCCGGCUGCGGGCUGCCCACCUGCCCCUGCUUACCAUUGAACCUCCCAGUGACAGCUCCGUGGACCUGAGUGACCGCUCAGAUCGCGGCUCUGUCCACCGUCAGCUCGUGUAUGAGGCUGAUGGCUGUAGCCCCCAUGGGACCCUGAAGCACAAGGGGCCACCAGGCAGGGCCCCAAUCCCACACCGCCACUACCCGGCCCCAGAGGGCCCAGCCCCAGCCCCGCCAGGGCCCCUACCACCAGCCCCCAACAGUGGCACUGGGCCCAGUGGUGUGGCUGGGGGUCGGAGGUUGGGGAAGUGCGAGGCAGCAGGCGAGAACUCUGAUGGUGGAGAUAACGAGAGCCUUGAGAGCUCCAGCAAUUCCAACGAGACCAUCAACUGCAGCUCUGGCUCCUCUUCGCGGGACAGCCUGAGGGAGCCUCCAGCCACCGGCCUGUGCAAGCAGACCUACCAGCGGGAGACCAGGCACAGCUGGGACUCGCCAGCCUUCAACAACGAUGUGGUGCAGAGGCGGCACUACCGAAUUGGCCUCAACCUGUUCAAUAAGAAGCCAGAGAAGGGUAUCCAGUAUCUGAUUGAGCGGGGCUUCCUGUCAGACACGCCGGUGGGAGUGGCUCACUUCAUCCUGGAACGGAAAGGCCUGAGCCGGCAGAUGAUAGGGGAAUUCCUAGGGAACCGGCAGAAGCAGUUCAACAGAGAUGUGUUGGACUGUGUGGUGGAUGAAAUGGACUUCUCCUCCAUGGAUUUGGAUGACGCACUCCGGAAGUUCCAAUCCCACAUCCGGGUUCAGGGUGAGGCCCAGAAAGUGGAACGACUCAUCGAAGCCUUCAGCCAGAGGUACUGUGUGUGUAACCCAGCCCUCGUGCGCCAGUUCCGGAAUCCAGACACCAUUUUCAUCCUUGCUUUUGCCAUCAUCCUCCUCAAUACUGACAUGUACAGUCCCAGCGUCAAGGCUGAACGCAAGAUGAAACUAGAUGACUUCAUCAAGAACCUGAGAGGGGUUGACAACGGUGAAGACAUCCCCCGAGACCUCCUAGUGGGCAUUUACCAGCGCAUCCAGGGACGCGAACUGCGGACCAACGAUGACCAUGUGUCCCAGGUGCAGGCUGUGGAACGCAUGAUUGUAGGCAAGAAACCGGUCCUAUCUCUUCCUCACCGUCGACUGGUUUGCUGCUGCCAGCUCUAUGAGGUGCCAGAUCCAAACCGCCCACAGAGGCUAGGGUUGCAUCAGCGGGAGGUCUUCCUCUUCAACGAUCUCCUUGUGGUCACCAAAAUUUUCCAGAAGAAGAAGAUCUUGGUGACAUACAGUUUCCGUCAGUCCUUUCCCCUCGUGGAAAUGCAGAUGCAGCUCUUCCAGAAUUCAUAUUACCAGUUUGGGAUCAAGUUGCUGUCUGCAGUACCUGGUGGGGAGCGCAAAGUCCUCAUCAUCUUCAAUGCCCCCAGCCUCCAGGACCGGCUGCGCUUCACAUCUGACCUCCGAGAAUCCAUCGCUGAGGUGCAGGAGAUGGAGAAAUACCGUGUGGAGUCGGAGCUGGAAAAGCAGAAAGGUAUGAUGCGGCCUAACACCUCACAGCCCGGAGGGGCCAAGGACUCGGUGAAUGGCACACUGGCCCGAAGCAGCCUGGAGGACACUUAUGGGGCAGGCGAUGGGCUCAAGCGGGGUGCACUCAGCAGUUCCCUGCGAGACCUCUCAGAUGCAGGGAAGCGGGGGCGGCGUAACAGCGUGGGAUCGCUGGACAGCACCAUCGAAGGGUCUGUUAUUAGCAGUCCACGCCCUCACCAGAGGAUGCCACCUCCACCCCCACCCCCGCCGCCAGAGGAGUACAAGAGCCAGAGGCCCGUCUCCAACUCCUCAUCCUUCCUGGGCUCCCUAUUUGGAAGCAAGCGUGGCAAGGGGCCCUUCCAGAUGCCACCGCCACCAACAGGCCAGGCCUCUGCCUCCUCUUCAUCUGCUUCUUCCACCCACCACCACCACCACCACCACC